UUUCGAUGCUUGUUUGCUUGCACAACAAGAUACCCGUAUCUGUUGCAAGAGGCAACCAAGAGGCAAGAGUGCCUGAGGACAUGAGACAAGAAAGAUAGCUACGGCAUCAGAAUUCAAAGAAUGGACCCACCUGUCUCGUAUCACCGUUCUGUUCGCGGCAACUACUGCAAAGAAGAAGAAGAAGAUGUUUUUCCGAAGCGCAAUGGCGUCAAGAGCUCUGGCAACCUCCAUCCGGACAAGUUUCGCAGUCUCUUGAUUAUAAUGGUAGUCUUGCUAGUGGUGGUCUAUGUUGUGAAAGUACCAGUAGUCCCCACAUGUCCAGACUUACGAACCAUUGAUGUCUACAAGAAUUCUUCCAGUGAAGAUUCUGUCAAGGAUGCUGUCAAUAAGGAAAGCAUCGCAGCGUCUGAAAGUUCCCUGCCAACAAACGAGGACAGUUCCCUGCCACUACAGAAAAAGCUUGCCGUUGGCAACCAACAACCACAACACGUGGCUUCCUGCACAUGGGCUCCCUCCAAGACAGACCCAUUCAACAAGCAAGGCGCAGCCUAUCGUGAUUCGACUUGUACCAAAUUGUUGCAAGAACGGAUUCGAGCGUCCAGCGUUGAUUAUGAUCCAGCUACUAGUACCACUACUACUACACCCCGCCGCUGGAUACUGAUUGGAGGCUCCACCAUGGGGAAUCUCUUUUUGCGAUCCACAACACUCAAGAAAAAGCUCUCGACGGCCAAACAAAUACAAGCCCAUUAUUAUUGUCCAUCCGUCCUAAUGUGCCAUAAUCGAACGCAUCAACGGUGUCAUUUGAACCAAGCGUACAUGUACCCACCACUUCACUCCGACCAGUGGAACCCUCCCAAUUAUACAUUAGGGGAAGGUCCUAUAUGGGCCCGAAAUCAUCCCAAUUGUCAAGAUGUCAGUCGAAUCUUUUCCGAGUUUGUCUUGUGUCAGCGACGACAGUACGUGCCAACCUCACAAUGCAAUAAUAACAAUAACAACAAUAACAAUCUGCUUUGGACGCAGAACGAGAACAACAAACAACUAUUAUAUUAUGGAGGUUUUUUCUCGAUUGAUUUUGCACGAGAUGUGGAAGUUCAGACGCACAAGUACGGGACAUCCCAAGAGAAUUUGGUGGCCUUUUUGCAAGACCAUUACAUGGCCGAUCCAUGGAUCAGGGAAACGUUUGGAGGCCCUCCCGUUUGUAUUAUCUCGUUGGGUUCUCAUGACAUGGGCAUUCCCAACAUUGCGUUGAAAACGUUUCUGGUCAAUGCCGAAUGGUUCUUGUCUCUGCUUUUGAUUCCUGGGUUUCUGGAUGACAAACAAAAGAAGGCUGACACUGCAUUGGACAACAAAACAUUAUUUCCGGUCUGCUCUCAUGUCAUUUUGCUGCACAAUACGGCACCACUCCAGAAAAAUGAUACAUCUAAUUCAUUGUAUCAUUCCAAGAAUACAGUCGAACGAACGCGAGCGUGGAAUCGAGCGACAGAAGAUUUGGUGCAGAACAGCAAAAUCCUACCCAAGCAUCGAAUGACGAUUGUGGAUGUGUUUGCGGCGUCCAAACGAUACCCACAUCGGGACAAUAUGCACCUAAAGAGCUCUUGGUACAAUGCUCUGGGAGCGUUCUUUGCUCAGGUAAUGGAUACAGUGACUGCUGCUGUUUGAAUGGCCAAGGAGAAACCACCGUAGUACCGAGAAUUCUCGGAACGACCGGGCAACACGUGGUCGUCUUGGCUAUGAUCAACGUUGUCGUCAGCAUCAUGUUGAUUUACGGGGGUUGUUUUCUGGGUCUGCCAGGCCAGAUCAAGUAUGUGGGAAAGGAAAGGACCAACAAUCGCUAAUCUCACUCGAAAGAAGAGAUGCGGUAGACGACGUGAGCCUAGCCUAUUCGAAAGUGAGGACUGUUUCAAAUGACUUGGUUUCAGCACCCAGAACUGUUUUCAUAGCUUGAGCGUGCCGGUACGGUUUGCGGUGCGUGGUGGGAUCGAACCGAUCCGUACGGUACCGUGCAUGUACCGCUACAACCUAACCUUUAGAACUGAGCGAGAGCAAUGCAACGAUCUGGACUGGCAGGGCAAAGUCACGAUGACCGUAAUGAUCGCGUCGAUGCACGUCGUCAAAGUUGGGAUUCUGCGUAGGGUGGAUAGAGGUGACUCAUGGACGGACGGCUGAUGCGGCGAUCUUGGCCAAGAGCCAAAAGCCGUUCAACCAUUGCAGGGCACAAGCUUCAAUUUCGUCUCGCAUCCUUCUUUCCGCGUACGAUGGUUUUACUCGUAGCAUUAGCGAGCACCACGAUCUGUCUGCGUUGCUAGAUAGUUGCUUCUAGCUCCGGCACUGCAUGAGGCAUCCAAGCAACGAGUGUGCAAUCCAAUCAUGAUGGCAGUGAAACUUAGCCGAACUACAUCGCCGGCUGGAUGGCAAAUAUGGAUUCUUGUAGAAGCUACCGUUGGAACUUGGCUCUUCGGCCACUGGAAUGUGCCUGAUCCUCUCCUGGUAGUGAAGGAUAACCAAUCGGAGGAUAGGGCAAACACUAGGCAGCUAGACUAGCUAGCUAGUAGGGCAUGCUGUGACCCAAUCUGAUCUUGGAUCCAGAAGUAGAAAGAUUUAGAUCCUUUGGUCGUAGC